UCUGAUGCGAAUUGGUCAAGGGUUAAACUCACGUUUGAUUUGAGGGGCUUCUUCUGUAUGCUGAUUCCUAGUAUUAGGUUCAAUUCCUAUACCCAGCAAAUCUGUAUCGAUGAUGCAGUAAUAGUUCAUGAAUAUAACGAUGGCUCAGAGAGUCAGCAUCGUUGUCUACCGGGCGAAUUCCCGCCAGAUAAUGCUGAUGACUCCAUGAGGGAUGCUGGCGAUGUUACGACGGAAGAGGCAGCUCAACCCGCUGAUGCUGGUUUGCAACCGCCUCCUAACACGAAGACUGAAAAAGUCAAGGCUUCCAACGUGAAUCAGACCGUCACGUAUACUGCUCAUGCGAUCGACAAUCUUGCAGAUGUUGUCGACACCCUCAAUAUCUCCUCAAGUGCCACAAUCAACUAUGCCAACAGCCAUAGCAAUGGUUCCGCUAGUUUCGUAAAAGAAAACAGUAUCAGCGAGAGUGACAUCAAUUUCAUUGUCUCCGUCAAAGUGACCAACGAGCUCCCCAUCCGCCCAACCCACCUGGAGUUUCGACCCCUGGAUGGCUUGGAUCCCGAUCAAUUCCCAGAGAUAUACGGCGAUUGUUUUAUCGCCGGCUUCCUUGAGGGUGGUGAAUUUUCAGCCAUCGUCAGUAUCAAAGUCCAGGACAAGAAUAAGAUAUCUAGGGUGAAAAUGGCGGCGGAGAUGCAGCUUUCUGCUACGAAAUACUUCCAACCCAUGAGCGGGGCAGUGGCUGAUAGGGAGAAUCUGGAUAUUUGGACUGAUACUGAUCUCAGCAUUUCCGUAACCUGGUCAGGGGGUGGGAGCAUCAAAAAUCCUAAAGCGAGUUGGGACCUGCCAACUAUCAUCCAAGCUGCCAAUGACUUCCCCGCCCAAGUUUCGAAGUAUUCACAGAGAACUCAGGCGAUCCUAAUGAGCUACAACUCCGUUCGAUCAUUCCAUGAAUUUAAUGCAAAGGCUGCACGACCUUUUGUUGUUCUGGACUAUCGCUUGUGUGAGCUAUAUACCGCCGAGCUUCUCAGUGCGUUCAUUGCGUAUAAAACUUUGUGGAAGUUGAUCUCAAAAAUGAUAAAAGCUCCCGAUCUUUACCAGACAAAGGAUGCCACAGACAAGGUUCCAAACCCCAUUAGCUGUGACCCGACUUCCCUAAAUCGAGCCAAAAUCGACUGUCGAAAAGGAAUGACCAUGAUCCUUGAAGAAACAAAAAUGCUCGCGCGAAAGCCACAUCUUGGUAUGGUCGAUGAGAACGGCACUGUGAGGCAACUUGCCUGCGGUUAUGCCUCCGAACUUGCUGCGCGGCUUCCCACCUAUAUCGGAUCAUCUGGAAACUAUGCUCACAAUGGUCUAAGCCAUGGAGCUUCCACUGCUGAUGAAAUGAACAUGGUCAAUAAAUACGUCUCAGGUCCUUCGUUUCUUCCGCAACUAGGAGAAAAUCAAGGAGGGAAGCUUCCGCGGGUUACCAAUACAUUCUAUUCCACAGCUUCAAGUACUGCACCAGAUGGACAAGUCGGGUAUCCAAUCACCCACCCCACCCGUGCCAGAGGAAGCUCAAAUGCUGUCGAAAACACCGACGAAAAUUGGGGACAAAUGAAGCAUAAUCGAUCUUGUAUGCCAUCACCUGGGUUCAUCGCUACUGGAAGCCUAAACUGCAUUGGUCUGGUCUACCAUGCCCUGCUCCUGAAAUGUUGCUUCCGAAGGACAAAGAGAGUAAAAUUGCAGACUCCAAGGGGGAGUUCGAACCAGGAGGAUCCCGUUCGAGAGGAUCAAGUAGCAACUAUAUCUGGUGCGGUCACCGUCCCCUGA